CAGUUCUUCAAAAGAUCUAUCAGAUUAUGGAGUGAAUGGUUUGAUCAAUGAAUAUUCGAUUCUUUCUUCAAUAUGGAAUCAAUUGACAACAAUUCUUCUCUAGUAUGUAUACAGGUUUAUCCUUCAUCUUUUCUGAAGUUUCGAUAGAAGGAUUCCUCUACUAACGUAAGACAAUCAACUCCAUUCGUUAGAACAGCUUCCAUCGAGUCUCUGCACCUAUCCUUUUUGAUUUUCGCUUUCUGAACCUUUGUUUGUUUUCGGAAAACGUGAUUUGGCUCAGGAUUGCCCAUUUUUAUUAAUUCCAGGGUUUCUCUGAAUUUGAAAGUUAUCACUUAGUAAGUUUCCAUACCAAGGCUCAAUCCAAUUAAGUCCGUAGCGUCUACCGAUUUCGCCAUAUCCCCCUUUUUGAGAUGAAAAUCUCAUUGUGAUCUCGUUCCCCUUUUUCUUUCAUUUAUACCGGAACCGUUGAAUUCAUUAGAUAGAUGCCGAUUACUGUCUCGAAAAAGUGUUUUCUCCUCUUUGUCUUUGAUUUCUUGUCUAUCUUCUUUCAUCUUCUAUAUCUAUAGGAGGCUUAUAUUCGGUCCAAUCAAAAACGAUUUUAUCAUUUCUGUAUCGGCAAUUCAAUAUAGGUGGAUACAUACGCUAUACAUCUGCCUCUCUUCCACUCAUUUACCCAUGAAAUUUCGAAUACUUGAACGGUCGAUUCUUUUCAUAUUAAAAAAAAGAAUAUUUAAUUGUGAUAAAAAAGAAAAAUGGAAAUUCUAUAUCGCUAGAUUAAUCGUUAUCUUCUAUAAUAUUUAACAGUUAUUUGAAAUUCUAUAUUCUAUUCUUUAAUAUAUUAAUAUUCAUUAUGAAUAGCGAAUAUGAAUAGCUAAGAAUUAAAAUAGUAUAAUAGUGAAUAGCAAAGAUUCUAAGAGUUUAUUGAAUUCUUAUACAUGUCGAAUUUAUGUUAUGUGAGCCUGCUUAGCUCAGAGGUUAGAGCAUCGCAUUUGUAAUGCGAUGGUCAUCGGUUCGAUUCCGAUAGUCGGCUUUUCUCUAUUUAUUUUAUUCUAUGUUUUACAUGAUUGAUAAUGCAUCUUUGAAAUCAAAGAAUAUUGAAAAAAAAAUGUUUUCCUCUUUUGGCGAAAGCCCUUGAUUUAUUAUGUGAUAGGAAUUUCCAACUAUCUAACGAAAAGAAUCCUUUUCUUUUUCUAUAUAUAGAAUAUAAAGAUCUGGAUAUUUAUCCAACUCAUCUCAUUAUUCUUUAAUAGAAUAACUAAGUAAAUUUCGCUUUAUUUAGAAUUUAGUUCAUUUUUAGUUUAGGUUUAUUCUGUAGAAUGAAAUUUCAUCAAUAAGAAUUAAUAAUUAAAUAUAAAUAAGAAGAAGGAGUCUUUAUGUCGCGUUACCGAGGUCCUCGUUUCAAAAAAAUACGCCGCCUGGGGGCUUUACCAGGGCUAACUAAUAAAAGGCCCAGAGCUGGAAGUGAUCUUAGAAACCAAUCGCGUUCCGGGAAAAAAUCCCAAUAUCGAAUUCGCCUAGAAGAAAAACAAAAAUUGCGUUUUCAUUAUGGUCUUACAGAACGACAAUUACUUAAAUACGUUCGUAUCGCCGGAAAGGCAAAAGGGUCAACAGGUCAGGUUUUACUACAAUUACUUGAAAUGCGCCUUGAUAACAUUCUUUUUCGCUUGGGUAUGGCUCCGACUAUUCCGGGAGCUCGCCAAUUAGUUAACCAUAGACAUAUUUUAGUCAAUGGUCGUAUAGUAGAUAUACCAAGUUAUCGCUGCAAACCCCGAGAUACUAUUGCGGCGAGGGAUGAACAAAAAUCUAAAGUUCUAAUUCAAAAUUCUCUCGAUUCAUCCCCCCAUGAGGAAUUGCCAAACCAUUUGACUCUUCAACCAUUCCAAUAUAAAGGAUUAGUCAAUCAAAUAAUAGAUAGUAAAUGGGUCGGUUUGAAAAUAAAUGAAUUGCUAGUUGUAGAAUAUUAUUCUCGUCAGACUUAAACCUAACAAAAAUAAAAUCAACACUAAUAAGAAUAAGGAAGAAUAAGGGUUCGACCCAUUUUGCUCCCUUUCGGCGAAGUAAAUUAACCUAAGGUUAAGAUAAAUAAGGGUUUGAUCCGGAUUUUUCUUCCAUUUAGGUAUCAUAGACCGAGAGGGAGAUUUUCA